AUGAAAGCCCUCAACACCACCGCCACUCUCUGCCACGACACUCCCCGCAACCGCUCCUCCGGAUUAGUCGCCCUAACCAUCACCUUCGGCAUCACACCCCCCCUUUUCGUCAUAGUCCGCCUCGCCUUCCGCCUUCUCACCCACCCCUCCGGCCGGUUGGGCGAGCAAACGAGAACCGGCGAGACGGUCAAUAUGUACGCAUGGACGCCCGCGGCCAUCACCAUCGCCCUCGACUUCUGGAUCAUGGCCAUCCCGCUAUGGCAGCUCCAAAAACUGAACAUGGAUUUUAAGAAGAAGAUGGCCGUGGGGUUGAUGUUGUGUGUAGGAGUUUUCGACAUAGUGAUCUCCAUAAUCCGUCUUACUUUUCUCCUCCCCUCCAAGCUCUCUGCCAACGCAACCCAGGGCUUCUAUCCCAUAAUUCUUUGGUCCGCCGUGGAAUACCACGUCGCCGUAAUUUGCGCCUGUUUGCCAGCUAUGCGCCAGUUGCUUAUUAGGGCAUUCCCCAGAUUGGACAGUGCCCCUGGCGGUAGUAACGAUGGCUGUGCCGGUGAUGGCGGUGGUGCUGGAGCGAAGCGGAACGUUCCCAGGUCCGGGACGCAUCGACCUAGAUGGCCUGGACAGCAAGGAGGUGGGACUGGCCGGAGAAGAGGCCCGUGGAGUCGGCAAAUACCGACAGAGACGGAGAGUGAGAGGGACAUUGUGCUUGGGAGCGUCCGCAGGAGUACUGGUGGCAAUGCUGUGGAGGUGAUGGAAGUGGUUGAUGUGGAACAACAGCCUGCGGAUGUGAGGAUAUUGAAUAGCACCGAGAAGAGAGAAGGGUUCGGGUUGAGUAUCGUGGGCCGUUGGAAAGAAAAUGGCGGUCAUGCAAACCACGAAGUCUUUCCUCUAAACGAUAAUACGAUCCAUGAAAAGGAGAAGUCACUGUUGGAGAUCACCCUCUCCCUGUCUCAAAACUGCAGCGUUUCCAAGGCAAUGAUGGAAGAGCGACUGGAUUGA